CAUGCACCAAAGUAAAUAUUGAAUAUCGAUUGGAACCGAAGAAGCCUAAUUGGGAAAAAUUCGCGAUGUCAGAAACACCUUCGGCAAAAAAUCAAGAAAAAUCCAAAAUCAGUCCGGCUUGGGAGUUCUUUAAAAAAAUUGACGGGAACAAUGUACAAUGUAAAUUAUGUUUGCAUAUUCUAAGUUUUUGCCGCAACACGAGCAACAUGCUCAAUCAUUUGACAUUCAAGCAUAAAAAUUUGGCCAUCUCCACUGUUAAUGAAAGACCGGCCCUAGUUCUAAAUCAAGGACGAAAAAGAACAGCAUCACAAGAAUUGAUACUACUCCCAAAAUGGGUCCACGGCAACAAACUAUUACAUCGGCUUUCGAUCGUCCUUUUUCAUACGGAGCUGGCGGUACCAAAGGAAAAGAAAUAACAACUUGUGUCAUGUACAUGGUGUGUACGGAUAACAUGCCUCUUUGUACAGUAGACAAGAAAGGAUUUCGUCAACUAAUGAAAACUGUAUGCCCACUAUAUAAUGUGCCGCACGAGACACAGUUUCGCGAGAUCCUGAAAAAUAAAUUUAUAAAAAGCAAAGAAAUUGUCAGAAACCGCCUCCGAUCGAUCACAAGCAUCUGUCUAACGACAGAUGUUUGGACCGAAAUGUUAAACGUCAGAAGCUACUUGGGGAUCACUGGGCAUUUUAUUCAUGAUUCUCAACUACACUCCGUUUUGCUAGGAGUUGUUGAAUGCAAACAAUCGAAAACAUCAGAAUACAUUGCGAAUCUGUUGCGGGUUUGCUGCGACGAUUGGGGUAUUAAAAACGAAACAAUUUCUUGUGUAACGACCGAACUCGGUGCAAACAUACAAGCAAAGCAGUCCCCUUGUACAAAGAAGCAUACGCAGCUCGGAUGGAGCCGGUCAUAGAAGAGGAUAGCGACGAUGAACUGGAUGGUGUUGAGGAUCAUUGUACGAUAGAGGUUUCCAUUACAC